CACUCGUUCAAUUUUCCAACCACCUUUCAAAAUGAAGUUCGCUGUCGCUGCUAUCCUUGGCUUCGCCAUGACUGCCGUUGCCAUCCCGGCCGCUAAGGGAAGCCAGAAGAAGCUGUCCAUCGACGACGCUUCCGGCCAAUGCUCGAUUGGGGACAUCUACUGCUGCAAUCCCAGCAACAGUGAGGACACUGACGGUUUUCUGAACAAUGCACUCAGGGAGGGUCUUCUUAUUGGAAGUCUCGUCAAUGGCAAGGGAUCUGCCUGUGCUCCCACUUCGCUGAUUGGGGAUCUCAAUCUGCUUGCCUUUUUCGAAGAGGGACAGGAUGACGAUAAGUCCUACUGCAAAAACACCAUCGCCUGCUGCCCCAACGGAAGCUGCGCAGCCCUUGACGGAUACUAGGGGCUUCCUAAUCAGCAACAUUGGCCUCAUGCAGAUGACGCAGGCUCAACUGCAGCGAUUCGCUUGGGAUCAAGCUUCGUGGAGUUUCCAUAUCAGCUCCAUCUGCUAAGUGAUUUCGUGUUAAU